AUGGCCCCCAAGAAAGGCCCUUCGUCUCAAGAUGUACUCGCUGCAAUAGAAAAGAUAUGCGGGGAACAAGCACCGCUACUCGCCAAUCUGCCCAGUGACAAAGUUGAUGUUGUCGCCUACAACGACGUACCUCAUCUUCAUUCUCAUCAUCUUCCCUCCAAAAUCAAGAUCGGCACUUACAUUUACAACUCGUGCACCAAACCCGACGGCACGGCAGACAUCUUGAAAGCGAUAGUUUGGGGUUAUCACGAGUUGUAUCUUAGAUCAGGACCAUCACCACAAAUACGUAUGCUUGCAUUUGGUGCAGAUGGCAGUAUCCUCCGAUCCGUCUCCUUACAGUUUGUCUUGGAGAACGUGGCGUUCGAAACCGCUUUCAUCCAAGUGCGAAACAUUGCCGAUUUGUCCACUCUAUUGAAGUACUAUUUCCUCAAGAAAAAUUCGCAGGCUUCACUUCCACUUCCGAUACCGAGAGAAUUUGGAACCAGGCUCUUGGCUGUCGCUCGUCUGACCAAAACCGCAGAGGUGGAGAUGCAGUUGCGGGUCCAGCCUGAGCAUAUUAUCGAUCUCACACUUGACGAUGCUCCAGCUACCCGGCCCUCCGGACCAGACUUGCGAGUGAACCUAGGUCACUGUAGCAAUGCGAUUACCAGUCAUAUGUCAACUUUCCGGGCUCCAAAUCCAAAUGAAGGCCCCAACACCAGUAUCCUUCAAACCGAUAUCACUGAGCAACCCUCACGCACAUUGUCAAGCACGUUCGAAAAGGCAAAGAAAGGGUCGCCUGAUCCAGACGCAGGUCUCAAUACCUCGAAAGAACAGAACCUUGUACAGAUCGCUGAUUCCACUUCAAAUCUGUUACAGCACACUCAAAUACCCGAGUUUAUCCCUGGAGCUCAUCUUGUUCCGCUCGCCGCAAGGUUCCUUACUCCGUACCGUCAAUUUGAAGAGGCAGAACAGCAAGCCAACGAGCGACUUGUUGAGCUUCAAACAAAAAGGGCAGAAAACAAGGAAACAAUGACCCGCAUGAGGAAGCAGGCUGAAGAGUGGAAUAUAGUCCUGGGUGAGAUGGAGACGGACGACAAUAAGGAUAUGGUAGAAGAACAGAAUCUUAUCAUGAGGAAGGACGACCUCCCUCGUAGACAAAAGCGACUUCUCGACGACCUACCUCUUGAGUACAAGCUACUCAUAGAUAUUGGUCGCAAGCUUGGGCACUGCGAUAAUGGAUACAAGAAGCAGAAGACCGAGUCUGUGAAAUGA